UAUCAAUCUCACCACGACAAAAGAGAAAAAAUGUCGUCUAGGCCUUAUAACACUCACAUUUUCUCCCUCAAGCAACAAAUCUCCUCUCCUUCAACCUUAAGCUUGAUGAAGCUCAAAGCCCUACUCCAAACCUUCAUCUUCUCCCAUCUUUACCGCAUUGCCCGAGCCGUGGCGAAAGCGAAAUCCCUUCUCUCCCAACUUCUAAAAGACAUCCAAGUGGUUCACAUGAAAAAGAGAAACAAGAUCAACAAGAUCAGGAAGAAGAAGAAGCUAUUUCUUGGCUCCUUUAGGCUCCACUACAAUUGGUGUUCGUCCCACGUGGUGCCCGCGGGGCCGGAAUUGACCGACCACGUGUACUUCGACUCCACGUGGAACUCUUUCGUAUCCACCGCGAGCGAUGACCACGUGGAAGAGGCGGAGCUUUCGGGCUACCUCAGGUGGCUCGAAGAGAAGGGAAGUAAUGGAAAUGGUGAUAUUGAUCGGCUUGCUGAUAUGUUCAUUGCUAGCUCUCAUGAGAGGUUCAGGUUGGAGAAGGUUGAGUCCUAUAGAAGAUUUCAAGAAAUGCUGGCUAGAAGUGUAUGAGCUAGCUUAGCUACCUAAGCUACUAGUUUUUAGUUUCUUCUUCUUCUUCUUUUGGGAAUUUUGGGGUUUUCUUUUUAUGAAUUAUGAUUAUAAAUUAUUAGAACAUAAUGUAAUGUGGGGUGUGGAAAACUGUGUAUGUUACUUGGAUGUAUGGAUGGGGUAUUGUGGGGAACUAAUUAAUUACAUUGUACAUUUGUACAAUUAUUCCUCGAUUCUCUUUUGACUUAUGUUGUUUGAUUAUAAAUUUUUAAUUUAAAG